UAGAUAUCUAACUUGUUCGACGGGUAGUGAAAGUUGAUUUGGGACCCAUUUUAACAUAUAUUUAAAUAUUUGUUUAUAAAGAGAAAUUUCGAUUGGCAUUCGAACUUUGUACGUGGCUUGUGUGAUAUUUCUUAAUCUUAUCAAUUGUACGAUAAUCACAAUAAUUCGAACAAAUCUAAAUCGAAACACCUGUUCUACCUACACAUACAUACACAGAAAUUAUGGCCGCGCAGAGUAAGCUGAUCGAUGGAGCCAUCAAAUGCAGCUGCCAAGAGUAUAUGCAUCCGUGGACCGCUAGCUGUGUCAGCGGUGGUGCCGGCAUUCUGUUAGCGUGCACGCCCGCCUCGAUGCGCACCUACAGCGUCGUCUACCUGCUUGCGCUAGUGAUGAAAAUGCGUAUACCUCGACUUUUGGACAUUAAGCGCACGAUCAUUGGCAUAUUAACAUCAUCGGCCUUUCUGACAACCAAUGCGUAUCUCUUCUCCCUGAUGGUGUGCGUCGUGCGUCGCCUAGUGGGCGGCUUCUAUAUGAGCACUGUGGCCUUUAUACCUACCUUCAUUGCCAGCAUUGCGGCUCUCUGCAUUGAACGACCGGCGCGACGUACUCCACUUGCACUGUAUGUGGCCAACGAGGGCACCGAGGCACUCUGGAAUAUGCUGGAGUCCCGAGGCCUAGUCCGCUCCAUACCCAACGGACACGUCUUAAUACUGGGCUGCAGCCUAACAGCUUUGCUCUAUAUGUACCGUAGAGGCGUGCACAAGAGCAAAGUGAAAGACGUCACCUUUAAGGCUCUCUCAAUACUCAUGGCAAAGGGUGAAGAGGGUCCCAUUAAAGCAUCCGAGGCGCCCACAACACAAACCUCUUGUCUACAUCCGUUCAACUUCGGCAGCAUAGCGGCCUAUGUCCAGCUGUAUGAUCGUCUACGUAACAGCAAGCAUCCCAGUUGUUCGCAUCGUGAAGGUUGCGGCACCUACGCCAUAGUAGGCGGCCUUAAGCCGUUUCUGGGUGGAGUUGGACUGCAAGUGGGGCUUAAGCUGCUGCUGAACAUAGGCCGGAUAGUCAAACUAAAGAUGGACUGGCGUAAACAGAUCUUCAACAAGAACUCACUGCAACUAGGCCUUGCUUUGGGCAGCUUCUCCCUGAUAUUUAAGGCUGUUUCUUGUGGUCUGCGAAUUACUUGUGGGCGUGACGAUGCCUGCUUUGCCAUACCCGCUGGCCUGUUGGGAUCGAUUGGGCUGCUGCAGUUCCCUAACAUCACGAUCUCACUGUAUGUGAUGUGGAAGACACUGCAAAUGCUCUACAACUGGGGCAGCGAGGAAGAUCUACUGCCCAAGGUACCACACUUCAAUAUGUUAUUAUAUGCAACCUUCACAGCUGUGCUCUUCCACUCCGCUAUUCUGGAGGCAAGCUCGAUACGCAACAGCUACUACAAAUUUCUAGAGAAUGUUUCCGGCAAAAGAAUAAAUCUUUUUGAUAGGCGCCCGUUCGAGUCAUUAGGGCUGAAAAGCCAUGCUCAACUACAAGAAGUCAUCAAACGACUCAAAAUAGAUAUGACGAACCCUUUGCCCAUAAUGCCUCUGACCGUUUAACAAUAGCAGAAUAAUCUUAAGCACAAAUUAUUUUUAGCU